GUAUAUUUUCAAUAAUCUUUUUGUUCCGGAACUCAUUUGUAUUCUGAACGCAUUUACAUAGAAUUGUUUGAUUGGCCCGACGCUGGGAGGAGGAGGAAUCACGUGACGUGAGGCAUGGACUGUCCCGUGUCCACAAAAUUUAAGGUUGUGUUUGUGUUUACAGUGGCUCCAUUGGAUUAUAGAGGCAAUGUUACACGGUUAUUUGAUUAAAUAUAUUUAGAAAAUGAUGAGGAAAACACCAGAGUCAUUGUGCAAACCCCUGCCACACGAGAUAACAAAACAUGCAGCCACAACGGAAGAUCGUGAAAGAAUUGUUUUGAAUUUCCUGGAGACUUCCUUACCGAAUUCUGAUGUUAAUGAAAUCACAGCUGAACUGAAAAAGACGUUCAUCUUUGGAAAACUAAAGUCUCACGAUAGUGGUAAAAAAGUAUUGCCAAAAAAAGGUAAAUACUUGAGCAGCAGAAAGAGAAAAUUGUUGGGACUGAAGAAUAUCAGCUCGGAGACUGACUUAAAAUACGAGGACCUCGUGCCACUUAAUCAUUUGUGGCUGGGAUAUAUUCAGCAAGCUCUGGCUAUUCGUUCUUUCAGAGAGUUACCGUCCAGUACAAUAGAUUCACGCUGGGAAAUUACUAAUCAAAAGUUAAUGAAAGCUGAUCUUCAUGGGGCUAGAGUUACUGUUGUUAGAUCAAAAUGCCCUAGUUUGGUGGGAAUCAAUGGCAUUGUUUUGCAGGACACCAAGAAUACCUUUAGGAUUAUGGGGAAAGACAAUAAAAUCAAAAUUCCAAAGGAAGUCGUAGUUAUAAAAAUCCACCUCCCCGGAGCAUCACUGGAAUUAUUCGCAAAAGAAUUAUGUAUAAGGCCAGCAGAGCGAGCAGUGAAAAAAUUUAAGGCAAAUCACAUAGCAGAAUUGUAAUCCAUGCCUAGACCUACCAAAUAGCCUCACGUAGAGGAAAAUAAAUCGCAUCAUCUCUAGUCCUCUAAUGUUCAGAAGCUGUCAUUUAUUUCGAUAGCCAUCAGGAUCAUGCUUCAAUACAUCAAUAUACAAUCAAUACAAUUUUACAAUUUCGAGGUGAAAGCCCAUCAACCGAUAUUAAACUACAAUAUUUUCAACUUUGUUUUUUUUUCUCAUUUCUUUAUUUCUUUCAUUCUUUUACGACCUUAUUCGUAUGUAUAUCUACAUAUUACAUAAUUACCAAUAUAAUUAUACUUAUAUAUUUUUUAUGUAUAAUGAUCAAUCAUUCAUGUUUAACUUGCCAUUUGUAUUCCUUUCCAAUAUUCUCAAUAUAAUAUAAUAUUAAUGAUAAUAAAAAUUCAAGUUUAUCGAACUGAUAAAUCAUAAUAUCCCACGGGAAAAAGUGAUAUAAAUACCAUUAACAAUGCACGAUAAAUCCAUUCAGUGUUUUCAUAUAAGGGACAGUUCCAAAAUUCCAUGGUUUCUUUCAUCUUCUUUGUUAGCGUUUUUCACUCUUUAAAAUCGGUACAGAUGAAGUGGUGUACUAGGAAUGUCGUAAAUUAUCUUUUAUCACCAAUUACAAUCCUCAAUAAGAAAUAGUGCACCCAAACAAACUGCAUUUACCCAACACUUUCAUUUUCUCCGUCAUAAUUUACUUAGGAGAUUACGACAGGAUAAUCCUUUGGCGCUUCCAACGAUCUCUUUAAAUACAAUUAAUAAACUUAAAAAUACAUUACGAAAAAAAAUGUGACAAUUUAAUCUCCAUUUGGAUGAGAGUAAUUGAAUCAAUUUGUGUACCUCAUUGAGAUAAUUUAUUACGUACACGUGGAGCUGGAUUUAUCACACGAUGUUUAUUCAACAAAUUGUCGAAUCGAUCGGUCGUCAAUGAAAUUAUUACCGUAAUGUUAGAGUCAAUCAUGAUUAAGGGAAAAAUGAUGAAAAUUCUUAAAAAAAAAAACACAUUCAGAUUUUCUAUUUGUCAAUGUAAUUUGUAUUUAACUUUCACGUAAAAGUAUAAGAGAGAGAGGGGAACAAGUGUCAUUAGUGAGUUAGGUAAAUGUUUGGGGAGUGUUUCCCAAAGGAUUAAAAGAAAACUAACGAAAAUGAAGUAGGAAAGAGACUUUCAGAACUAAACAUUCUUCAUAGGCCCUAAAAUUCAGAAAUCAACAACUCUUUCGUACUCAACUGUAUCCAGAUAAACUAAGAGAAAACAAUUGCUUUAUUUCUAAUUAAAUUAUACAAUCCAAGAAAAAAAAA